AUGGGGUUCGCGUGCUGCGGGGGUAAGCCCAAGGCGGACGCCGACGGCCCGGCGGGCGGCGCGGGCGACGGGACAGGGAAGAAGCCCGCGGUCAAGUCGCCGACGAAGAAGCAGGCGAAGAAAGAGCUGAUCGCGGAGCUCGAGUCCAACGUCCCGACGCAGGUUGGCGCGUGGCACGAAGCCAUGGACGCGAUCGAGUGGAGCGGCCCGAAAGUCCCGGAGACCGCGCCGAGCGAGGAGGAAGAGCCGCUCAUGGUCCCGGAGCAGAAGACGAUGAUGCAGGGGAUGCCGAUGUUCCCGUGGGAGGUGGGAGAGUGGACGGCGAAGCAGUACCGAGAGAUCAUGGAGGCGUGCGCGCGGGACAUCAACCUGGACGCGUCCAAGGGGAGGCCGGACUGCACGAAGCUCAGCACGGAGGCGAAGAUGCAUCACCUGCGAAGAUGCAUCGCGGACGUGCUGAAGAGCAAGGUGUACCACUUCAUGCUUCGAAUGUUCGAAGGCCCCGAGCUCGAGCUCGAGGUGGCGUCGCAUCGCUUCCUCUCGCGGCUCCUGCGCGGGUGCAAAGACUCCAUAUACUACAACAUCGACAAGCCGUUCCCGGAGGCGUACGCGGACGUCGCGGAGUCCAAAAAAACCGGCGCGGCGGCGUACCUCCGGAUGUUCCUCGUCCGAUUCGCGAAGCGCUUUCCCCCCGCGCAGGGUUUCGUGAACCCCGCGUACGACUCCCCGGCGUCGCGCGAGCGAAUCAUCUCCGAGUGCGGCGAGCAAGGCUUAGCGCUGUGGAACUUCAUGGAGGCGACGGAGCACCACCCCGCGGCGUGCGUCUUACUCCCGAACAAUAAGACGAUGAAGGCGUUCAACGCGGUGCCGAAGCCGUGGUCGUGGAAGGCGGUGAAUCUCUUUUACGAGUACGCCAUAUGCGAGCCGUCGUAUCGACUCGCGGAUCAGGCGUCCAUCUUCAUCAUCGACACCGGGAAGCUCGGGAUGACGAUGUGGACCGCGAGCGUCAUCAAAGCCGUCGCGUCGCAGCUCGCCGCGGCGCAGUUCCACCCGGAGCCGUUCAGCGCUUUCGUCAUCGCGCACUCUCCCGCGUUGUUCAACUUCGCGUGGAGCAUCGGAAAGUAUUUCAUCACGGAGACGGCGCGCGAGAAGUUCGUCGUGCUGUCCGGCAGCGCGGCCGCGCACUUCGAGAAGAUUGGCGUCGCGCGCGAGCACAUCCCGCCGGAGAUUGGCGGGACGUCGAAAUCGGAGGUUCUGUUGAAACCCCCGGACGUGUUGAGAAGGAUGAUGCACAAGCGGGCCAUCAACGCGCACUACGAGCAGUACGGCGACGACCUCAAAGACAUGGAGGACUCCGCGUUCGAGUCCCUCGGGACGCUGUCGCCGAACAGCAGCUCGGACGACCUCGGGUCGAUGUCGUUGAUCAAGCGCGAGAGUUUACGGCGAGAGAGUUUCGGCGUGAGGCGGUUCGGGAAGAAUAAGACGGCGCUGUUGGCGGCGAAGACGGCGAGGAACACCACCGUGAUCGUCUUCAUGUUCGUGAUGGCCUACGUGAUCUUCAUCGUCAUGCGCGUGGGGGGCGACGCGCGACGGGCGCGGGAGAUGCUGACCGCCGCCGCGAUGGCGGCCGCGGCGAGCGCGUCGUCGCGGGCGUCAAAAUAA